ACCAUGACGACUUCAGGGAAAGAGAACUUCCGACUGAAGAGCUAUAAAAACAAGUCUUUGAAUCCCGAUGAAAUGCGUCGCCGGCGGGAGGAAGAAGGCCUUCAGCUACGGAAGCAGAAACGGGAAGAGCAGUUGUUUAAACGCAGAAAUGUUGCUACGGCUGAUGAGGAAGCGGAGGAGGAAGUGAUGUCAGAUGGCGGGUUCCACGAAGCCCAGAUGAACAACAUGGAAAUGACUUCUAGCGCAGUGAUCACCGCUGAUAUGACCGAGAUGAUUUUUUCCAAUAGCCCCGAACAGCAGCUCUCGGCUACCCAGAAAUUUCGAAAGCUUCUCUCCAAAGAACCGAAUCCUCCCAUAGACGAAGUGAUCAGCACACCGGGGGUCGUGGCCCGGUUUGUGGAGUUCCUCAAACGAAAGGAAAACUGCACUUUACAGUUUGAAGCUGCCUGGGUCCUGACGAACAUCGCCUCUGGGAAUUCCCUCCAGACGCGGAUUGUGAUCCAAGCCGGAGCAGUCCCUAUCUUCAUAGAGCUGCUGAGCUCAGAAUUCGAGGAUGUGCAGGAGCAGGCCGUUUGGGCUCUCGGCAAUAUCGCAGGCGACAGCACCAUGUGCAGAGAUUACGUCCUGGAUUGCAACAUCUUACCCCCUCUAUUGCAAUUGCUUUCAAAACAGAAUCGUCUUACCAUGACUCGGAAUGCAGUGUGGGCGCUGUCUAAUCUUUGCAGAGGGAAGAAUCCUCCUCCAGAUUUUGCCAAGGUGUCUCCCUGCCUGAGCGUGCUGUCGUGGCUGCUCUUCGUCAACGACACGGAUGUCCUGGCCGACGCGUGCUGGGCACUCUCGUACUUGUCCGACGGCCCCAACGAUAAGAUCCAGGCCGUGAUUGAUGCGGGAGUGUGCCGGAGACUCGUGGAGCUGCUGAUGCACAACGACUACAAGGUGGUGUCUCCGGCCUUGCGAGCAGUCGGGAACAUCGUGACGGGAGACGACAUCCAGACCCAGGUGAUCCUGAAUUGUUCGGCCCUGCAGAGUUUAUUACAUUUGCUAAGCAGUCCUAAAGAGUCGAUUAAAAAGGAAGCCUGUUGGACAAUAUCAAAUAUCACAGCUGGAAACAGAGCCCAGAUCCAGACUGUCAUAGACGCCAACAUUUUCCCAGCCCUAAUAAAUAUUUUACAAACUGCUGAGUUCCGGACAAGAAAAGAGGCGGCAUGGGCCAUCACCAACGCGACCUCUGGCGGCUCUGCUGAGCAGAUCAAGUACCUGGUAGAGCUCGGCUGUAUCAAACCCCUCUGCGACCUCCUAACGGUCAUGGACUCCAAGAUUGUGCAGGUGGCACUCAAUGGGCUGGAAAAUAUCCUGAGGCUUGGCGAACAAGAAGCCCGGCGCGGUGGCACUGGAAUCAACCCAUACUGUGCUCUCAUUGAAGAGGCCUAUGGCCUGGAUAAGAUUGAGUUCCUGCAGAGCCAUGAGAACCAAGAAAUCUACCAGAAGGCCUUCGAUCUCAUUGAGCACUACUUUGGGACGGAGGAGGAAGACAGCAGCAUUGCCCCACAGGUGGAUCUGGGCCAGCAGCAGUACAUCUUCCAGCAGUGCGAGGCUCCCAUGGAAGGCUUCCAGCUCUGAGCUUGCCCCACCCCGCUCUGUGUUGCCGUGCCCGGCCAGUCCGGUCGUAGAGCCCCCAAGUUGCCCGUCGAGUGGCCCCGUUUUCCAUACACCUGUUUGCGCUCUCUUGCUUGCUUUUUUGCGCACACGCUUCCUUAAACAC